AUGAGUCACCGUAAGUACGAGGCUCCCCGCCACGGCUCUCUGGCUUACCUGCCACGAAAGCGUGCUGCCCGCCAUCGCGGCAAGGUCAAGUCCUUCCCCAAGGAUGACCCCAAGAAGCCCGUCCACCUGACCGCCGCUAUGGGCUACAAGGCUGGUAUGACCACGAUCGUCCGUGACCUCGACCGACCCGGCGCCAAGGCCAACAAGAAGGAGGUUGUCGAGGCUGUUUCAAUCGUUGAUACUCCACCUAUGAUCGUUGUUGGUCUUGUGGGCUACAUCGAGACUCCCCGUGGUCUCCGAUCCCUCACCACCGUGUGGGCUGAGCACUUGGGUGACGAGCUUAAGCGUCGCUUCUACAAGAACUGGUACAAGAGCAAGAAGAAGGCUUUCACCAAGUACGCCAAGAAGCACUCCGAGAGCAGCGGUGCUUCCAUCACCCGUGAGCUCGAGCGCAUCAAGAAGUACUGCACCGUCGUCCGUGUCCUCGCCCACACCCAGAUCCGCAAGACCCCCCUCAAGCAGAAGAAGGCCCACCUUAUGGAGAUCCAGCUCAACGGUGGUUCCAUCGCCGAGAAGGUCGACUUCGGCCGUGAGCUUUUCGAGAAGCCCGUCUCUAUCGACACCAUCUUCGAGCAGGACGAGGUUAUCGAUGUCAUCGCCGUCACCAAGGGUCACGGUUUCAGCGGUGUUACCUCCCGAUGGGGUACCAAGAAGCUUCCUCGCAAGACUCACAAGGGUCUCCGUAAGGUCGCUUGUAUCGGUGCUUGGCAUCCUUCCCACGUCCAGUGGACUGUUGCCCGUGCUGGUCAGGACGGUUACCACCACCGUACCUCUGUGAACCACAAGGUUUACAGAAUCGGUAAGGGCGAUGCUGACGACAACGCCUCCACCUCCCAGGAUAUCACCAAGAAGACUAUCACUCCUCUCGGUGGUUUCGUCCGUUAUGGUGAGAUCAACAACGACUUCGUCAUGGUCAAGGGUUCUAUCCCUGGUGUCAAGAAGAGAGUCAUGACUCUGCGCAAGUCCAUGUUCGUCCACACUUCCCGCCGUGCUCUGGAGAAGAUCAACCUCAAGUGGAUCGACACCUCCUCCGAGUUCGGUCACGGUGCUUUCCAGACCCCUGCGGAGAAGAAGCAGUACCAGGGUACUCUCAAGAAGGACCUCAGCGCAUAA